AGGCGCUGGCUGUGUAUAGUGGACCUGCAAGGCUGGACUGGAGGAACAGCAAGCCUGGGAUCACCAUUAACACAGCCAGUCUCAAGGACCUGAAGCUUUCGACCUGAAUUUGUGGGCCCUCAACUUGAGAACCAUCUUCCGCAGAUUUCUGCUUUAGGAACAGAUUUUGAAAACCACCAAAGAAUCUAACACCACGACAUCAUAACCAUGCGCGUGUUGGUGGUGGCACUGGUGGCACUUGUGGGCACGUCCACUGCUACCUGGCCUGCCAAGAAGGUCUACGGCUCCUCAGGUGGCGCCUCCCGGGCAUCAGCGUCGUCUUCAGCAUCUGCAGCUGCUGCAGCAGCAGCCUCAGCUUCCAGCUUCUCGUCUUCAUCCUCGUUCAGUUCUGCAGGAUCUGGCGGCGCUGCUUCUGCUGGUGGCCAUGGAUCCUUAGGUGGAUUCGGGUCUGGCAGCCUUGCUUCUGGAAGCACAGGAGCUUUUGGAGCUGGUGGAUCUGGAGGAUUGGGCCUUUCUGGAGGUUUCAGUUCUGGGGGACAUGGAAGUCGAGGAUCCUCUGGAAGCACUGGCCUCGGUGGCGCUGGAGGAUUUGUAUCGCCUGGUAGUUUUGGCUCUGGAGGAACUGGAGGUUUUGGGUCUUCAGGAAGCUUUGGUUCUAAAGGAGCUGGAAGUAUUGGAUCUUCAGGUGUUUUCGGCUCUGCAGGUUCUGGAAGCAAAGGGUCUUCGAGUAGCUUUGGUUCCAGUGGUUCUGGAGGAUAUGGUUCUAGCGGCUCUGGAAGCCUUGGAUCUUCCGGUGCUUUCGGUGCUGGUGGCUCUGGAAGUCAUGGGUUAGCAGGCAGCUUUGGUGCUGGCAGCUCUGGAAGUCAUGGGUCAGCAGGCAGCUUCGGUGCUGGUGGUUCUGGCAGUCAUAGGUUAGCAGGCAGCUUCGGUGCUGGAGGCGCUGGAAGCCAUGGGACAGCAGGCAGCUUCGGUGCUGGUGGCGCUGAAAGUCAUGGGUCAGCAGGCAGCUUCGGUGCUGGUGGCUCUGGCAGUCAUAAAUUAGCAGGGAGCUUUGGUGCUGGUGGCGCUGGAAGUCAUGGGUCAGCAGGGGUCUUCGGUGCUGGUGGCUCUGGCAGUCAUGGGUUAGCAGGCAGCUUCGGUGCUGGUGGCGCUGGAAGUCAUGGGUCAGCAGGCAGCUUCGGUGCUGGUGGCUCUGGCAGUCAUGGGUCAGCAGGUAGCUUCGGUACUGGUGGCUCUGGCAGUCAUGGAUCAGCAGGGAGCUUCGGUGCUGGUGGGUCUGGCAGUCAUAAGCUAGCAGGCAGCUUCGGUGCUGGUGGCGCUGGAAGUCAUGGGUCAGCAGGCAGCUUUGGUGCUGGUGGCUCUGGCAGUCAUGGGUCAGCAGGCAGCUUCGGUGCUGGUGGCACUGGAAGUCAUGGAUCAGCAGGCAGCUUUGGUGCUGGUGGCUCUGGCAGUCAUGGGUCAGCAGGCAGCUUCGGUGCUGGUGGCGCUGGAAGUCAUGGGUCAGCAGGCAACUUUGGUGCUGGUGGCUCUGGCAGUCAUGGGUCAGCAGGCAGCUUCGGUGCUGGUGGCACUGGAAGUCAUGGGUCAGCAGGCAGCGUUGGUGCUGGUGGCUCUGGAAGUCGUGGGUCAGCAGGCAGCUUUGGUGCUGGUGGUUCUGGCAGUCAUGGGUCAGCAGGCAGCUUUGGUGCUGGUGGCUCUGGCAGUCAUGGGUUAGCAGGCAGCUUUGGUGCUGGUGGCUCUGGCAGUCAUGGGUCAGCAGGCAGCUUUGGUGCUGGUGGUUCUGGCAGUCAUGGAUCUGCAGGCAGCUAUGGUUCUGGCGGCUCUGGAAACCUUGGGUCUUCAGGUGCCUUUGGUGCCGGUGGCUCUGGUGGUCAUGGGUCAGCAGGCAGCUUUGGUGCUGGUGGCUCUGGUGGUCAUGGGUCAGCAGGCAGCUUCGGUGCUGGUGGCUCGGGUGGUCAUGGGUCAGCAGGCAGCUUUAGUGCCGGUGGCUCUGGUGGUCAUGGGUUAGCAGGCAGCUUCGGUGCUGGUGGCUCUGGAAGCCUUGGAUCAGCAGGCAGUUUCGGAGCCGGUGGCUCGAGUGGGUUAGGAGCUUCCGGUGGUUUUGGUACAGGCAGUUCCGGAGCCCAUGCAUCCUCGGGUGCUUUUGGUUCCAGCAGUGCUAGCAGCCAUGCUUCUACGGGUAGCUUUGGUUCUGGUAGCUCAGGUUUUUCCGCCGGCACUGGAGGUUCAAGUGGUUUAGGAGCGGGCAGCCAUAAAGUAACUCUCAUCAAAGGUACCAAGCCAGGAGGAGUAUUUGUUGGUGGUCUUGGCAGUGGCUCUGGAAGAGGAAGUCUUGGAAGUAGCGCAUUUGCCUCAAUUAGUUCCAGUGGAUCUGGAGGUGCUGCAGCUGGCAUCCAUGGGUCUGGAAGUGGAGGAUUCUCUGUGAAGGUUUCUGCAGCACAUCAAGGUACGUGUCCCAACACUGGAUGUUCCGGCACUGGUAGCUACAGCAAGACAUGUACCAAUGACAGCUCCUGCAGCUCAUCGGAGAAGUGUUGUUUUGAACUGUGCACCCCACCCAAGUGGGUCUGCAAGCCCACAGGCAGGUCAUGGUAAACAAAACUACACUCCAGAUGAAAAUAUGAAGUGAACUUUGUCAACAGUCAACGUGUCCUUUGUUACGCAGAAUCUAGUAGUUCUAUACUCAGAAAGUUAUACUAGGUGUUGUCCCUGUUACUCAGAACCUGAUAGUUCCAUGCUUGGAAUACCUAACUAGGUGGUUUUUAUAUCACUUGCUUUCUGUAGUGGAAAUGGUGAAUGGUUUACUGAAUUACUACGAUUAGAGCCAAUUACAUACCUCAACCUCACUCCUCUAAGAACGAUAGUCAUUCAGGCGCCCUUAUUAGUUCUAUUUUUUUGCUGUUGUUGUUGGACUGGUGUGUGCCAUUUAAACCAUUUAUGGAGAGAUGCUUUGAACAAGGUUUAAACUUAACUUUGUAAUUUAUGGAUCAACAUACAUUUUCCUCUCUAUAAUACAACACAAUAAGACAACUUUCCACUCUCACAAAUGUGUUAUUUUCCUCAUCUUCAUACUUUACCUGUAUUUAAUGUCACGACACAAACUUUCAAUAUUGUGGAAGUAUUGUUCUUUUUUAGCAUUAUCCAAUGUAAAUUUUAGUUAUUGCAAUUAUUUAAAUAAAGGAGAGGCUAUAUAAAUCGGGUCAUUUAUCCC